CCCGCUUCCUCUUCCUCUUCCUCCUCCUCCUCAUGUCUUCGCGCUUCUUCUCACGCGCCUUCACUUUUCAUGGCGAUUUGUACUUUAUACUCGGUAGAGUUUCUAUUCUCAGUAAACUCCAUCUGUGUUCCUCUCAGACGAAGUGUGUGCCGUACUGGCCGGACGCGGGCACCGGCGCUAAGGAGUUCGGACGUUUCUGGGUGGAGUUGGUGUCAGAACAUGAAGCCAAGGGGUAUUUCACUCGCACUUUACAAGUCUCACUUUCCGAACAUCGCGAUGAGGCCAGAGAGAUUGUCCACUAUCAGUACCUGAACUGGCCCGAUCAUGGGGUCCCAGAUGACCCGGGAGGUGUCCUGAGUUUCAUUGGAGAGGUCAACCGAAUGCAGGAGAGCAUACCAGGAGCCGGGCCCAUCAUUGUACACUGCAGCGCUGGGAUUGGCCGCACCGGAACCAUCAUCGUCAUUGACAUGUUGCUGGACAUCAUUCAUACAAAAGGUCUGGACUGCGAUAUCGAUGUUCAGAAGACCAUUCAGAUGGUACGAUCCCAGCGCUCAGGAAUGGUCCAGACAGAGGCUCAAUAUAGGUUCAUCUACACCUCUAUCGCACAUUACAUCGACUCCGCCAAGCACAAGCUGCGAGCGCUCGAGAAAACAAAGGCUGUGGAGUCGGAAUACGGGAACCUUGCGCCAGCCAUGUCCAAGAUGAAAGUGACGCGAAGCCCAUCAAAGCCUAAAGACGAGGGAACCCUCUAUGAGAAUUUAAAUGCCAAGAAAGAUAAAAAGGAAAAAGUCAACAAGAAAAUGUCCUCUGAGCGAGAAAAGAGCCGGACUUCCGUGAAGAAAAAGUAACUCGGAGAUCUCCGGCGUGCCGCCAGUUCCUGGGCGUGACCAGACCAGUAUUCCUGCAGCUUGAACCGCGCACUGUUCCCACUCGUCUUCCUCCGGAAAUCUUCCUUCUGUUCUUCAACCCCCCCCCCUUUUUUUUU